CGUCCGUCGUGUCAAAUAAUGUCUGUGAAGUCUCUCUCGGCAUGUCUGAUCUCCAUUAAAGCUCGCACCACACACAUAUGACCACACACACACACCCUCGCACACGCACGCAACACACGGAUGCGUGGAUGUCUCUCACAUAUUGAUUCACGCGCCCAUGUCUUGGAGAACUGCCAGAGUCGACUGCGCAUGGCCCCCCUUGACACGCACAUAGACCUCCUUGAGCUUCGCCAGCGCCAUCUUGGUCAGCACGCGAGCCGUGUGCUCCUCACGAGUGCUGCUGCUCUGUGUGGUGGAUGGGGUGACGCUCUGUGUGGCGGGGCUGUUGGCCGCCGAUGACGACCCAUGGCCGUCUUUCCUUUUGCUACUGGUGGGGGGCUUGUCCGUGGCUGGUGAUGCUGCCGAUGAAGCGAUGGGGAAGACUUUGCUGCCGUGCAGCUGCUCGUUGGCCUGUGGGUCCACCCACACACACACACGCAUGGCACACACAUCGGUGUGUGUGUGGGUAUGUGAGGCGGUGACUUACGAGGAGUAUGCCCCAGAGUGCCCGUGUGUUGCGGUCGUCCAUCUCGAGGGCGAAGCAGUAGUACUUGCGGGACAGCUCGUACUCACCUGUGGCGUACAACAGCUGCACACGUCCACCCAAUGCACACACGCCACCACACACACACACAGAGGGAAAUGAGCGUCCAGAAUGUGUGUGUGUGUGCAUUGGCAGGCGCGUACCUCUGCGUAAGUGAUGACGUAGUAGGGGUUGCGGUGGUCGUACAUCACCAGCUCCUCAAAACAAAACGUCGCCUUGCUCAAACUGACACACCAAUGAUUGGUGCGUUCACACAGCACACUAGUGAGUAACCAUGAGUGCAGCUGAGUGUGGCGGUCUCACUGACCAGUUGUCGCUGAUGUAGAUCUCGCCCAGCUCGUGCCACGCCUCAGUGUCUGUCACAAACUCCUCAAGAUACCUGCAACCGAUCACAGAUAUACAGACAGACAGACAAACAGACAGACAGACAGACAGACAGAGAUGGCUGUCACGUGUGUACUAUGAGUCACACGGGCUCACUUGUUGAGGUAGUCGACGCACUCGGCCAUCCUCCGCUGCCCCUUGUACAGCGCUAUGAACCGCUUCCGCGUCAGCUACACACACACAUACACAGGCGGCAUGAAGGAACGAUCGCCCGUGAGUGUCUCAUUCAUCUCUCCCCCACCAUGUCUUCCGGCUUCUCCUCGAGUAUCUUCUGGUAGAUUUGUUUGGCGCCCUGGUAGUCUCCCUGGGCCUCCUUGACCAUGCCCUCCAGCCGACGCAGCCGAAUGCUGCCCGCAAACUUGGACCGCAGGGCUGACAUGCAGUACUGACCAACGGAAACAACACACAGACAGACAGACAGACAGACGUGUGUGCCGGCCGGCACUCACAAAAAUGCGCAGACGUACGUCGAUCCAUUGUCUGUGCCCCAUGUCGCAGGCAGCCAGCAGCACGUGCUCCAGAAUCGUGUACACUGUGACAUACACAAACACACACCACAUCCCGCGGUGCAUCGAUAUGAUAUGUGUGGGCAAGAUCUCCCCCUCUCUGUGUGCGCCCACGUUCGUCGUGCAGCCUGUUGGAGUAUCGCCGCAGCAGCUGAGAUCCAUACCGCAAGAUCUCAUCCGGACGCCUGCACGCCACGCAGACACCGCCAACAAACAAGGAUGAGGCGCCUGUGCAGAGUGACGCCACUCCCACUCACACCCUCACCGUGUGCUCAUGCGCUCCUUGAGUUUCCGCAGCAGCGUCAUCUGCGUGCCCGCCUCAUCCAUCUCGCCGACACCCAACAGCCAGCAGGCCUGUGCUGAUGCCCUGUCCUUCAGUAGAAUGGCAAUUGAACGUGACCGUAGCAAAGGUGCAUAGAUCCUCUUUCUACUCUGCCUCUCCCCUGCAGCUUCCCUGCCGGAGAGCGAUUUCACGGAAUGCCCUAAGCAACCUGACAGCCAAGUCCCAUGUCUUUCACGCACAAUCAAACGACGACACGCAACAGGAAUCACCCACGCACGCUCCACAUGCACAGAGGAACCUAAGGAACACACUCACGAGGCCUCCAGGCCGAAACCCACGGCCGUUCGCUGAAUACGAGUCGUUUACUGGACUAAGUCGUAGAUCUGG